CCGCAAACAUGGCGGCGGCGAGGCAAAGUGCUCGGCUGGCGGCCUGGGGCGGCCGGCUGCGACGCGGGCUCGCGGCCGGCCGACGCGCCGUGCCGAGCCGGGGCUCUUUGGCAGCGGCUGUGGCUGGAAUGGCCCUGGCAGGGGCAGGAGCAGCCUGGCACCAUGGCCGCGUGAACGUGGCGACGCGCGAGGGCAGCCUCUCGGUGUUAGCACAGAAAAGUGACUGUGAAGCAAUAGAAAAAGUGUCCCUUCGUAAACAGCGGUUUAUGCAGUUUUCUUCACUGGAACAUGAAGGAGAAUAUUACAUGACACCACGCGACUUCCUCUUCUCAGUAAUGUUUGAUCAAAUGGAACGUAAAACUUUAGUCAAGAAGUUAGCAAAAAAGGAUAUUGAUGAUGUGCUGGCAGGAAUCCAAACAGCUAAGUGCGGAUCAACAUUUUUUAGAGACCUUGGUGAUAAAGGGCUUAUUUCAUAUACUGAAUAUCUUUUCUUGCUUACAAUCCUCACUAAACCCCAUACAGGGUUUCAUGUUGCUUUCAAAAUGCUGGAUGCAGAUGGGAAUGAGAGGAUUGAGAAAAGGGAAUUUGUUAAGCUGCAGAAGAUUAUAAGCAAGCAAGAUGACUUCAAGACUAUGAAAACUAAUGAAACAGAAUGCCAGGAACCAACAGUGAAAGAAUGUGAAAUGAAUACAACUCUUCAAAUGCGUUUCUUUGGGAAAAGAGGAGAAAGGAAACUUCAUUAUAAAGAAUUUCGAAGAUUUAUGGAAAAUUUGCAAACAGAGGUUCAAGAAAUGGAAUUCCUCCAGUUUUCUAAAGGUUUGAAUUUCAUGAGAAAGGAAGACUUUGCAGAGUGGCUUCUUUUCUUCACUAAUAGUGAAAACAAAGAUAUUUAUUGGAAAAAUGUAAGAGAGAAGUUGUCAGCAGGAGAGAGCAUUAGUUUGGAUGAGUUCAAGUCAUUUUGUCAUUUUACAACUCACUUGGAAGACUUUGCUAUCGCCAUGCAAAUGUUUAGCUUAGCUCAUCGCCCUGUUAGGAUGGCGGAGUUUAAGAGAGCUGUGAAGGUAGCAACAGGACAAGAGCUCUCCAGCAACAUUUUGGACACCGUUUUCAAGAUCUUUGACUUGGAUGGCGAUGAAUGCCUGAGCCAUGGAGAGUUUCUUGGGGUGUUAAAAAACAGAAUGCAUCGAGGUUUAUGGGUACCACAACAACAGAGUGUCCAGGAAUACUGGAAAUGUGUGAAGAAGGAAAGCAUCAAAGGAGUAAAAGAAGUCUGGAAACAAGCUGGAAGAGGCCUUUUUUAAAGAGAUAAUGACAGAACUUUGGGAUUAGUUUUUCAUAGUACUAGCAGCUUUUCUUAAAUCUUCACUGACUCUCUUUGAAUUGUGAAGAUGCUUUCUGAUUUAAUACUCUUGAUAAGUUUCCAUUAAAUAUCAAUAAAAACAAAAGAGCAUAUUUGUUUACAAAAUAGAUUGGAUCCUGUCAGAUCUAUAUUGGAAGUCAUGUUUUGUGCUUUGGUAAGAUGGAAAGCCUAGCUACUCUCUGAUUUCUUACAUAAGAGCAGAUGUGCUUUCUGAAAGGGUAAAUAAAGCUUGUGAGAAAAAGCAAUUGAUUCACAAGGCCAGUGUCAAUUCCAGGCAUUAUAUGGGUCUGAUAGAAUAAAUGAAGUUUCAAAUUUACAUCUGUGCCAUCUCAGAAUUUCUCAUAUGUUUUAUUGCACUUAAUAACUAUGCCUUCUUUGUCUUUAAUAUGUAAGUGUCUAUAUCUUAUCUGGAAGCAAAAUAAAGUAUUUAAACAGAUU